UUGAUUUACCACUGUGUCCCGCUAUAAAAAUUAUGAAAGAAAUUCCAAGCAAAUAAAACCUCUGAAGGCAAGCCCAACUCAAUAUAGUAGGCCCACGUUACAAGCCCAACGAACCUCCCACACCGUUAAAAUCGAAACCCUGACGCCGUGUGAUUCGAUUUCGAUUUCAAAUCAAAUACCCCUCCCUCUCAACGGCUAUCUCUUGCACUUUCUCUAUUUGCUUUCAUCUUCUAAUCUCAAUCUUUCUCUCUACAACCCAACAAAAUCACAACAAACUCUCUUUCUUACAUGGAUAAAUCUCUAACAACAAUAAACCCAAACCCAUAACGACGACGACGACGAAGACGACGACAACCAGUUGAGAUUUGUUUCUUUUAAACUUGAGAGGAAAUGGGUGAAGAGUUUGAUGAAGCGAAAGCUGAGAUUGAGAAGCUCAAAGCAGAUUUGAAACUCAAAGCAGAAUUGGCUGACAACCUGAGGAAAGCUCAUGGUGAACAGCUUAUCCGAACUCAAGAAGCAUGUUCUAAGAUUGAGAAACUGGCACGAGAAUCAAAUGGAAAGGAAGAGGAGAUCUCCAAGGAGAAGCGGAUGUGUGAAGAUUUGCAAUGCAGUUUGAAUGAAAAAGAGUCCGUUAUCAGACGUCUAAGCACUGCAAAUGAUAAGCUUAGAGUUGAUUGCGGUGAGAAGUAUAAAAAAUGGGAGGAGGAGAAAAGGGCGAUAGUAUUGGCACUAGAUGAGGCAAAUGAGAAGAACAUAGAUCAAGAGCAAAAGAUUAAUGUGUUUAUGGCAGAAAUUGAAGGUCUCAAGGGGCUUCUAUCGGCUUCUCAGAAGAAAUGCUUGGAAGCAGAGAAAAAUGCCAAAGCAUCCAAAGAGAUGAGGAAAAGGGAUGCUAUGCUACUCAAGUUAGAGGAGGAGAGCAUGAAAGUAGAAAAUCAGCUAAAAUGGAAGAAAGAACAGUUCAGCCAUCUAGAAGAAGCACAUGAAAAGCUCCGAGAUCAGUUCAGGGAAAGCAAGAAAGAGUGGGAGAUGGAGAAGUCCACAUUGAUUGACGAAAUUUGCUCACUGCAGUCACGCUUAGAUUCUCAGACCAGAAUCUUAGAAGAUCUUGAAAGACGGUUCAAGAUGUGCAAUGAAGCCUUAGCUCGUGAAGAAAGCAGGAGAAAUCAUCUGGAAGUUGAGGUUUCUGAAUUUAAAGCACGCUUUGAGAAUGUUUUCACUGAGUGUCAGGAUGCAAAGUCACAACUAGAAUGCUUGGCCACUCAGAGGGACAGAGAAAUUGCAGCUCUGAGACAUUCUUUGGCUACAAAGGAGACAUUUUACAAAGAAAUCGAGUACAAAGCAGGGAGGCUAGAGAAAGAAAAUCAGGAGUUGCUGGUGUACCUUAAAGAACUUCAGGAGGCUGGGAUUCGGGAAACGGGAAAUUCUUCUUCUUUGGCAAAAAUGCGAAACAAACUCAAGAGUUUGGAGCAGAUGCACAAAAAUUGUUCUUCAAAUCUUAGAGCUAAAGAAGCUGAAUGGAGCUUUCAACUGGAGAAAUUGACUGAAGAGCUGGAUAAUUACAGAACUGCACUAGAGAGCAAAGAAACAACAGUAGAAGAACUUGGGAUAGAAUUGGAAAUUUGUCACUCUGUGAUAUUGCAGUUGAAGAUGCAGAAUGAGGAGGCUUCGACAAUGCUACUGGUGUUGAAAUCAGGUAUAACUGAGGCUCAGCUGAACGUUGAGAAUGCUGAUACUGAAGCAAGACUUCGUGACAAAGAAAGGGGAGAAAAUGUCUCUCUCUUGAUGAGGCAGCUGGAGACAAAGAACACUGCUCUGGCUAAAGUGAUGACAGAUUUCGAGGAUGAACGUCAAAAGGUUGCAUCUUUAUUGAAGAGAAUUGAGGACCUGGAUCUUGUUGAAGACCAACGACUACUGUUGCAGAAAGAGCUUGAAAGAUACAAAGAAUUGCUUGAGGAAUCGUCCAGAAGUCAACUUUGCUUCAAGAAGCAAGCUUUGCAGACAGAAACUGACUUGAAAGAUAAACUUAAGGCAGUUUGUGAUGACUUGGACGUGGCAAACUCAGAAUUAGCCAAAGAACAUCAGAAGUUAGUAUCUUUGUCAAGGAAAGCCAAGGCCUUGGAUCUUAUAGAAGAGAAGUGUCUCUUGAUGCAGAAAGAGUUGGAGAAGUACAAGGAAGCGCUUGAGCAGUCAUCUAGGCAUCAACGUUGCCUAGAAAAGCAAGCUUUGCAGAUUGAAAACGAUUCGAAAGAGAAAUUCAGAGAAGUUUGUGAUGCAUUCGACAUGGCCAGUUCUGAAGUGGCGGAACAUCAUGAGAAGGUGGAAUGUUUUUCUAGGAGGGUUGAUCACUUAGAACUGGUUGAAGAGCAACGGCUCCUGAUGCAGAAAGAGCUUGAGAGGUAUAAGGAAAUGGUUAAGCAAUCAUCGAGUAAGCAGCUUCUCAUAGAAAAGAAAGCUUUGGAUGUGGAAACCGACUUAAAGAAGAAACUACGAGAAGUUUAUGAUGAGUUGGACACUGCAAAUGCUGAAUUAGCUACAGAAAACGAGAACACAGCUUCUUUGUUGAGAAGGGUUCAAUCUCUUGAUCAUAUUGAAGAGCAGAACCUCCAGAUGCAAAAAGAACUCAAGAAAUACAAAGAAAUGCUCGAGGAGUCAUCCAGGUGCCAACACCGAUUGGAAAAGCAAGCUCUCCAGAAGGAAAAAGACUUGAAAGAGAAACUUCAAGAAGUUUGUGAUGCCUUAGACAGAUUGAAAUCUGAUUUUGCAGCUAAAAUUUCCGAAGGACAUGCUCUGGAAUUUGAAUUGUGGAUGUGGAAAACUAUUGCUCAUCGCUUAAAAGAUGAUCUUGAAGAAAGCCAGUUGUUGCGCAAAGACAUAGAAGCUUCUCUUCUAUCACAAGUAGAAGUUGAGGAAACCAUCAAGCAGGAGAAAGAUGACCUUGCCCGUCUAUUAAAAGCAAGGGACAGUAGAAUAGAUAGCAUGCAGCAUCAGAUUGAUUUCUUUGAGAAAGAGCUUAAAACAAGAGAGUCAGCUGCAGCCACUUCUGCAAAGGAGACAGUAAUGUCCUUUGAAUCAGAGAAAGAGGGUUUUCUACGAACCAUGAGAGAGAAGGACAAAAUUUUAGAUGAUCUGCAGAAAGGGGUUGGGUGGCUGGAGCAAGAAUCGCUGAAAAGAGAACUUGAAGUUUCAGUGUUGACACUGGUAGAGGCUGAAAGAAAAUUUGAUCUUGAAAAAGAACAUUUUAUCCAGCUCAUGGAAGAGAAAGAUCAAAGAAUAGACGACCUCUUGCAAUGUGUAAGGUCGAGGGAACAAAAAUUUAAUGGCUCGUUGAUCUCUUUCUCUUUGGAGCUUGCUGAGAAACAGGCUGAGAUUGGUUUGGUCCAUGAGGCCUGGGAGAAGAUUGCUUCAGCCGAGAUUCUGGCCCAACUGGAAAUUGAAGAGAAGAAAAUGAUGUUAAUGGAGCUGGAGGAUGACAUCUUUUCCGUACAAAAGAAACUGGAAUUGCAGGAAAAAUCACUCUCGGAAUCGAAACACAAGGCAAUAGAAAUUGAAGCUGAACUAGAAGAAAAACUGCUGGAAAUGAAGAAAUUAGAGAAUCUAAUGGAGACGAAGCUGAGAAUGUCAGAAGCCUCGGUAGAUGAGCUCAAAAAAGGGAACAAAAGUUUGGCUGAAAAUGUAAUGAAGUUGUCAUCAGAAAGGGACAAUUUGAUUGGCUUUUUCACGGGACUUGGUGAGAGAAUCAGCCAGUUCUCCAAUGAAGACAUGCAAUUGAUGGGAACCUUGGCAUGCAUGGUGCAGUCAUUUGACAAUAGUGGAUCAUCUAGUCCCAUGUUGAAGUGUGAUACUGAGCUUUUCAAUGCUGUGAAGGAGAAUGUCAAUACUUGUCCUUCACCAACAACAAAGAGACUUCAGUCUGUUCUUGAGGAGAGAGCACCAUUUAGAGAGCUCAACUAGCUAUAUAACUGGGAAAGAGUUAUUAAUAUAGCUUGCAAUAUGCUAGGGUGAUUCUUCCUUUAACAUGUCUUACUGAUUGCUAUUACCAUGCGAUUUUCAAGCACGGAAUCUGCUUGCGCUAUGUAUAUUAGUACAUAUGAUGUGCACGUUUGAGCAAUUUGUUGUGCUAAGAGAAUUUGCCACAGAUUCAGAUUGAUUUAACUAACAUUUUCUAUGCAACCA